GAACAUACAAAAACGGUGUACCUAAGUAAUCAGAGUUUGACAGUGAGCUUCUCACUACUUCUGGAUUAGAUCAUGGUUGCUGUUUGCUAUAGUUCCGAUCUUAACCUGAGUUACACUGAAUUAAAGUAGAAAUUACCACUUCAAACGUAAAACUUAAGUCGCAGGAAACAGUUUUCCAUUUCAUCAAAUUGUGUUUCAUAAAAUGCAGUCUACACGGCAGCUUCACGUUUCAUGAAACGUUUGUCCAGUGUGAAGCGCCCAUAAGGGUUGGACACAAGUUUCUCACUCAGCCGUCAGAGGCCACGUCAGUGCUGUCAUCUGUCAUUGUGACACGCGUAUUUUUUUUACCGCCUAGCGUCUAACCUCAUUUUCUUGGUGGUGCGUUGCUUGGUGCACGUGUGUCGAGCGUUCUUUUCAUUAACUAAAAUCUAUCUAAAUGAUCAACAUGGCUAGCGAAUUGGAACAGAAAAUCAUUCAGCAACUGGAGUUUUACUUCGGUGAUAUCAACUUGCCUCGAGACAAAUUCCUACAAGAAAAGAUUAAGGAAGAUGAGGGGUGGGUGACCAUUGAAACUUUGCUUACUUUCAAAAGGUUGGCGGGCCUAUCUACAGAUGCAGAAGUGAUAGCCAAUGCAGCAGAAAAAUCAGAAGAUAAGUUAGUAGUGGUCAGUGAAGACAAAAAGAAGAUCAGAAGGAAUCCUGACAAGCCUGUUCCUGAAUAUGAUGCUGAAAGAAAAAAACAGCUUAUGGAGAGAACAGCAUAUGCCAAAGGCUUCCCAUUAGAUGAAGACCUAAAUGACAUUAUAAACUUUUUGGUACCACAUGGUCCGAUUGAUGCAUGUAACAGACGUGCAACCAAGGACCAUAAGUUCAAAGGUUCUUGUUUCAUCAUAUUUAAAGAUGUGGAAACCUGCAAAAAGUUUGUGGAAGCAGAAAGUAUCAAGUACAAAGAUACAGAGUUGAUCCGGAAGAUGCAGGGGGAUUACUUUGCAGAAAAGAAGAAAGAAAUUGAGGAUAAGAAAAAAGCAAAGAAAGAGAAAAAGCAAGCCGAAGAAAAACCACAAAAGCCAUUGGAGUUCCCCAAAGGUGCCAUUAUACACUUUGCAGGCUUGCAGGAGGGUGAUAGCUUAACAAGGGAAGAACUAAAAGAUAAAGUUAAAGAGGUUGCGGAUAUGGAGACUGCUUUCAUCGAUUUCAAAAAGGGAGAUUUAGAAGGCCACAUUAGAUUCCCAGAGGAAAACAAUGCAGUCGAAUUUGUGAAGAAGUUGAAAGAUAGUGAAUUAGAAAUUGAAAAAUUCAAACUGAAAGUAAGAGUCCUUGAAGGGGAUGAAGAGGUUGAGUAUCUGAAGAAAACCUCAGACACAGUGAUUGAAUUAAGGAAAAAACAGAAACAAAACAGCAGGCAGAACAGAAAACGCAAGGGCAAUUUCGCAAAUCAAGGAGGCAGAGAUGCCAAGGCUAAGAAAAAGCAGGAACAAGAAUAAAUUUUGGUUAUUAUAUAUUUUAUGAUCGUAUGGACUGAAAAUUGUUUUUAUCAUUUGUGAUUCUCUCAGAGGAAAUUUUGAAGUUGACAAGACUUAACUAUUCUUCUCUUAUUUUAAAUGGUUUCAUUGCCAUUACUGUUUAUAGAUAUUUAAAAUGACUAGAAAUGCCACAAUGUGGGUAUUAACAUAGAAAAAGUUAUGUUAACUUGUCAUGAAAAUAAAUAGGUACCUUAAGUCUUAGAAUUGUUACAUUUUAUGUGCAGUGUUCUUGUUCAUAGUCUGAAAGGUGUAUUUCUAUUAAUAUUGUUAAGUUAGUGGAUUCUGGAAAUCCACUCCAUGUCUAUAUUUUUGUAUGUUUUAAAGGCUCCAUAUUUAGUAUAAAUAUAAAUAAAUAUAAACUUAUGUUUAGAAUUGAUAUGCUUUUCGUUAUUUUUUGACAUGAUCGAAAAGGUUUUAGUCUUUUAGGUCAUCAGAUUCAUUCUUUGUACUUGAAGAAAUACGGUUUUUCUGAACCAGCGCAUAUACGGCAAACAUGAAAAAUUAUUCCAAACAAUAUUUCAUGAUUUUUGGUGUGUGUAUAAAGGUACAUUUUAUUGGCAUUAUACAGUUGUGUAACAUAAGCUCCUUAAUUGAUCGUUGUGUCUUCCCGCGAAUCAAGCCGUGAUGUUUGAGAUAUUAUAGAACAUCACUAAUGAUUCACUUUCCCAUCAUCUUGCUGAUCGCACAAAGCAAAACUAUAUGUGAAUGUUACAUGAUCAGUAUUUACCGUGGUCUGUCAUCCUGAAAUGAAAAUUCAUGAUGUUGAAAGGCGUGUGGCGAACAAAACAGGCC